AUGGGUGCUGCACUCAGUCAUAUCACUCUUCGAUUACCGCUGCCACACCGGCCCUCGAUCUAUAAACACGCCUCGCGGAGUUUGAUCGAUUUGCAUUCGAUUGAGAAGAGGGAGGAGGUGGAGAGGAUGGUUAGGGAGGGCGAGGAGGAGCAAGAGCAGAGGGCUUUGGAGAGGCGGAGGAGCGGGGUUGCUGCGAAGAGGAGGAGUAGGAUUGCUGCGGGUGGGGGUGGUGGUAGCGAUGGGGAUAAGGCUAGGGAUAGGGAUUCAAAAGUCCUCCCGAUCGAGGAAGAUGCGGCGGACCCGCCACCGCGGCUGUCGAUUCUGAAACCGGCAGGCACACCCUAUGCCGACGGUCUUGUUCAUUCAACUGACCAUGGCGCGGGCGAUGGAGAUCUUGUUACUCGUGAUAGUGAAGGCGGGAGACAUUGUUUCAGACCUUCAAUGGGUAUAAGCUCCGAUGAAAAGAUGUCUGAGGACAAAGUCGAUCGGUGGGCCGAGGGUGUGGAGGGUGGUUCAGUGAAGGGAGACUCUCCAGAGACAUGGACGUCGACUAUGAUGUCGAUGGAGACUUUGGCGCCUGGCGACACGAUUCAGUCGACGGUGGUUGGUGUGGCGAAGAAGGAUGCGAGUGCAGCGGGGGUUAACGACAGGAAGGCCGGUGUUGGGACGAAGGAGGGUGCGGGUAGUGCGCCGGCGUACGAAGAAGUUGAUGUCGACGUCGAUGCCGUCCCCCACCCCUUACGCAAACGACGCUCGAUGCCCAUGUUCAACGAGUCCUCCUCUCCGCCACCUUAUCCCUCCUUCCUUGCUUCAUCCCAUCCUCAUCCCUCGCAACGUUUCGCGCACCACGAAAUCCAGCCCCGCGAAGAUGAAGGCAAAGAGGAACUCCCGGCCUACUCCAACGCGAUCUACCUCAAAGCGAUCCUACCUCGGAAAAUGGAGUUUGUUGCUCCUGGGGUACAGGCGAAGGAUCGAAAGUGGAAGAGGGUGCUGUGCGUACUUGAGGGGACGAUGUUGAGGGUGUACAAAUGUCCUGUUGGCGUUGGGGGUGUUUCGGCUAUUGAGCAGUGGUGGGAGAACAAAGUUGGCGCGGGGGAUGUGGCUGUUGGGGUUGGUGCGGGGACUAUGGGGGCGCAGGGUGGAACGGGAGGAGGAACGGGACGUACGGCUGGGACAGGAAGAACGGAGAGUGUGGAAGACGAGAAGGCGAAACACGCCUACCCCGGCACAAUAGAUGCUCCUUCGACGAGUUCGUUAUCGACGACGGCCAGUGCUAGUGUGGCUUCGAGUUCCUCUACCUCUCCGCCUGACUCUGGGUCGGUGUCGGCGAGGAAGGAGGGGCCCUCAGGGCAGGCCACUGCUACGCUUUCGAGGUCCGCGCUAAAUCUUGCUGUGCAACUUUUGAAGCCUAGUGGGGGAAGUAGUGGAAAAGGUCAUUCGAGAUCGCACAGUGAUGUUACACCUCCCAGUCCGACGAGGCACGAUGCAGGGUCGGGGACGAGGAGGUCGUCAUUGAACUUGUCGAGGAGCGCGACGCCUUUGCCGGGACAUUCGCCUGUGAGGACGGAGUCGGGCUCGUCGAGUAAUUUGGCGCCUCCUGCGGCCGUUGGGAAUUCGAGGCCUGUCACACCGACCACAUCCAGUUCGACCCGGUCGAGGUUCCGAGCCAACACAUUCCCGCGUACGCCUCGUUCUGCUGAUCCUACAACGUUCACUGGGAAAGGCAAAGGACCCGCAGACGUUCCUGACCCGAAUCCUGAAGACUUGAUCAGGGUGUACAGUUUGCAGAACGCGGAGAGCGGGCUGGGGAACGACUAUGUGAAGAGGAAGAAUGUGAUCCGGGUUAGGCUGGAGGGCGAGCAGUUUUUGUUGCAGGCCAAAGAUGUGACCAGUGUUGUUGAAUGGAUCGAGGUGCGUUAA